AUGAGUCAAUACUUAUUGAGUGAUGUAUUAAGUGUUGAAGAGUUGAGUGAACAGUCGGUUCACGUGAAGACCAAACUGGAGACACAUUUGAUGGCAAACCUGAAGACUAUUCACGACAUGAAGACUGAACUCAAGAGUUUGAGAUCAAAACUACAGACAUAUGAAGAGAUUGGCAAUGAAUUGAAGACACGAUCGCCAGAAAUGAAGGAAUCAAACGAUCAAUACUUGGCUCCACUCGAAGAGGUGUUGAAACAAAUGAACAGAAUUUGCAUAAAAGAGUUGCAUUUGAAUGAAGUGUUGGACACAAGACAUGAAGACAUCAAUGAAUCCGAAAGUGUGUCUCAAAUCUAUUGCAACGACUCUUUGGACAGAUUUGGCGACGAUUUGUGCGAAGUAUUAGUGAGUUAUCUGUCACUCGAAGAGCGCAUUAGAUUUGAAUGUCUGUCCAAACGGUACCAGAGAUUGCUAUUCACUGCACAGACCAUGAAUUACAGCAAUAACUAUGCCUUCAAUAACUCAAACGUCAACUCAAUUCCCUUUCAGAUGCGGUUCGAGGGAUGUCUUAAAGAGCCGAUCGCACAGAAGUGCCACUCGUUGUCGCAACUCAUCCACGAGUCCAUCGCCAACAAUGCGAAGGAAAUGCAAAUCAAUUACCAGUCGUUAGUGGAGGACGUCUUCGGUGUGGGCGGGCACUCCGUGUCCACCGAUUGGUCGCUUAAACUGGUGACCCGUCACUGCAUUCCUCGCGAGUUCGACGCCAUCUAUAGCUUUCUGCACCCAAACGGACCGCUGUUUCAACUGAUCCGACAGCUGAUGAACGAUCCGCUCAAUCGCUACGAGUUCCCCAAGAAGUACCUUCCGAUUCCGACCAAACUAUCGCUCGACGAAGGAGUGGUUCCGAGUCUGUACGCCAACCGAAUAUCUCACGCCUUAUCCGCAGCCAUAUCAGUGAACGCCUUCGAGUUCUUCGUCUACCACUUCGCCUACCAUAUGGUGAACACGAGUCCCACACUCCACGGCCAACACAACCCCUACUAUUGGGAUCAGUUGUCUAACGCCAACACAAACCCGUCAAACGUCGUGUACUUCGCGCUCUUAGAGUCUUAUCUCAAUUGUUUGGUUCCGUUGGCCGCCAAUCAGGACCCGUCCCCGCAGUCGCCUCACUCUCAGUCCAGUAUAUGGCAGUCGCUGUCGUCCACCACAUCGAGUCUUCUUCAUUUGGGAACCGCUGCCAACACUUCGCUCGCAUCCAAACCCAUACCUCAGACGCCGACCCAGACGUCCGCUCUGUUCAAGUCAUCGAUACUUAAUUUGAAGCCAUUGUUGAGCGGAGGACACGAACAGCACACGACUGACGGCCGACAGUCGCUGUCCGGGCGUACGGCCGAAGACUCGUUGGGCUCCGAAAUCGUCAAAUGCGAGACAUUUCUGAUGAUACUGACGGAGAUAUGGCUCAAUCACGCCAUACCGCCAGCGCUGGCCAAACGCCACAACGCCAGCCCCUCUAAGCAGCAGUGGUUUGCGCCCAACGCCGACCACAUGAGGGCCGUUAGGAUUCUCGUCAAGCAUUUGCAUUACUUCGCCAACAGUGCCAUCAAACGGACGAACGAGUCGUUGAAUUGUAUGGAUUCGCCGCUCAAUGACUUGAAGCGAUCCGUUUGGUCUCAUAAGCACUUCUAUCAGAAGAGAUUGUAUGCAUUCCUCCGGUUGUCGUUCGAGCGGUGGCCGAACGACACGUCGUUCCGGUUGCCACUGGAGACGUGGCUCAGUUACGUACAGCCCUGGCGUUACACCAGUUCCUCGCCGAACGGCGCCCGACAUUCGGACGGCGACGACAGCAACGCGAAGCAAGAGAUCACUCUGACUGACGGCCAGUGGAAGCAAUUCAUUGCAGACAAUCUGCUCUUCUAUUCGGUGAUCUUCCGGCAACUGAUCCCACGAUUCUCGCGAGUGUUGGACUUGAGUUCGUCGAAGAACGCGCUGAUGCUCUUCAGACUCACCAAAGUCUUCUCGCAGCCAAACCUCGCCCUUUGGAUCAGAGAAGCGGAGAACUCCCUGACGAGUAGCGACACCUCUGGCGCCGGUUUCCUGCAGAACAGUUGGUCGGCGACGAUGACGACGACUUCGAGGGCCAGCCUAUUGUCGCCGACACUCCGUCAGCACAACGUCGGCUCAUUGGCCAGUAAUAUGAGGCACCCGUUGAUGGAGACCGAGGCCAACACUUUUGAAUACAUACCGCUCUUCUGUCCGGCCAUCAAACCAUUGAUUUUACAGCUUUUGAACGAAAUCUCGAAAGCGUUGUUCAGUAUAUCGGAAAUGAUAGCCAAAGCGCAGGCGUCCGAAGAGAUGGCAAUAUCCGGUCUGUCGUUCCUUCAGUACGUCAUCUCAUUCUUCCAGAUCUCAGAAGACGUGACCAAAUCGGAUGAGAAUAAGAGGUUUUUAGUCGACAAAAUGAAAACCAAAAAUCAUUUGCAGAACGCGUGCACACAGUUGUCGGCGCUGUUUGAGAUGCCAGCGCACGAGUCGGACCUCAUAACCAAUCAAUCGAUGGACGGCCAGCCGGUGGGCGACAACGAGGGCACACCUAUUGUCCGGCACCGGACGCAAGCGCUGUACGAAGAGAGAGACGGAACACCAAAGUUGACGCCAUUCGGCAGAACACAGCUCCUGAACAGACAGUGUAGGCCUCACCUGAAUCUGGUUGAGGGCAACCCCGACAGACAGCCGGUGCGCAGCUAUGAGUUCUACUAUUUGGUUCAGUUCUGGCUAUUCGUAUGCGAUUGGAUUAACAACAGAUACGGGCAUAGGAUUCAGAGCCUGUAUGACAGACCGGGAUUUGUGGGCAUAUUCUUGAAGCAACUGAUCGCUGGGCCCACGGCUUACAUACGGAUUGUCAAGUCUGGCACCGCUUACAGACCGCCCGAUCGCGUGACCGAAGUGUUGGCGCCGAGAGUUAACCUGCGAUUCAUGGCUAACAAACUAUACCUCACGUAUGCACUCAUUGUGUGGACAGUCGUCUAUCUAUUAAACUAUAGUUUGCUAUCGUUCUCAUCGCUAGUGUUUGCCAUGUAUUUAACUUAUUUGGGAACCAAAACACUGUUAUAUUACUUCAGUAGUCAUUAA